AGCAAUUCGUCAUAAUGCACUUUCACCACUAAAAAUUCCCCAAAUCAUCAUCAGAAACCCUAAUUACCACCAUUCCAGGGACAAGGUCACAAGGUGAUCAUCAGUUCACUCACCGACCAUCGUUACAGCAAUCCCUACAUUUCUUGAAAUUCAUUGCUUCAAUUUUUUUUUUCAAACUUGUUGGACAAGACCAUCCUCUUGUAAUCAUUCAACAUUCUCUCUUGCCUGCCUUUGUUUGUAUUGCCACUGUAGUUGGCCAGCCUUUUACUUUGAUUGAUCACAUGAAUCUUCUUGGGCCUUAUCUCAUGGAUCAAAGUCAAUUGAGAUUCUUACACUGGAAAUCCUCUUGUCCUUUAUUUUGGUUUCCACCUUUCCACAACUUUCUUCUUUCUUUUGCAAAUGCUUCUUGCUUCAGUGCUUCCAUCAGAGUUGCAGCGCCAUCUUGUCUUACUAGAUUUUUAAGAUGCCGAUGAAAAGAACUAGUGCCACAGCUUCUAAAUUGAGUGAACCUGAGAAGCCUGUUGAGACUGAAGAGCAGGUUGAGCUUGAUGGAGACAAUGAAGAAGAGGAAGACAUUGAAUAUGAAGAAGUAGAAGAAGAAGUGGAAUUGGAAGAGGAAGUAGAAGAAGAGGUAGAGGAGGAGGUGGAAGAAGAGGAAGAGGGAAGUGAUGGUGAAGAAAAGGGCUCUGAUGAUGAGGGACCGGAAGUUGAUCCUGAAGAGGAAGAUGAUGAGCAGAAAAGACGUGCUGAGCUUCUUGCGCUGCCUCCUCAUGGAUCAGAGGUGUAUAUAGGUGGUAUUACUCAGGAUGUUUCAGAAGGUGAUGUGAGGCAAUUUUGUGAGUCAAUAGGAAAAAUUACAGAGUUGAGAAUGAUGAAGGGAAAAGAAACAAAUCAGAACAAGGGGUAUGCUUUUGUCACUUUCAGAACAAAGGAACUAGCUUCUACCGCCAUUAAGGAGCUUAAUAAUACUGAACUAAAGGGAAGAAAGGUAAAGUGUUCUCCUGCUCAAGCAAAGCAUCGAUUAUUCAUUGGUAAUGUUCCUAGAAACUGGGGGGAGGAAGAGAUGAAGAAGGUGGUAAACAAGGUUGGGCCUGGCGUUAUUAAAGUAGAAUUGUUGAAGGAUCAACAGAAUUCGAGCCGAAACCGUGGAUUUGCAUUCAUUGAGUACUACAAUAAUGCGUGUGCUGAGUAUUCAAGACAAAAGAUGUCAAAUCCAAAUUUUAAACUUGAUGAUAGUUCUCCAACUGUUAGCUGGGCUGACCCAAGGAAUGCAGAUUCUUCUACUUCUUCUCAGGUUAAAGCAGUAUAUGUAAAGAACUUGCCCAAAAGUGUUACUCAGGAUCAGCUGAAAGAGUUAUUUGAACGUCAUGGAAAGAUUACCAAAGUCGUUCUACCUCCUGCUAAACCAGGACAGGAAAACAGCAGAUAUGGUUUUGUUCACUUUGCUGAAAGGUCAAGUGCAAUGAAGGCUUUGAAAAAUACAGAGAGAUAUGAGAUAGAUGGUAAAGUUCUGGAUUGCUCACUUGCAAAGCCACAGGCAGAUAAAAAACCUUCUGGUGGAUCAAAUUUACAGAAAGGAACCACAUUUCCGAUCUAUCCACCUCGUCUUGGAUAUGGCAUGGUUGGAGCACCAUAUUCUGGUGUAGCUGCAGGAAUUGGCCAUCCACUAGCUUAUGGAAGGGGAGCUACACCAGCCGGUAUGGCAAUGAUGCCAUUGCUUUUACCUGAUGGAAGGAUCGGAUAUGUCUUGCAACAGCCAGGAGUCAUGCCCACACUACCAACAGCUCCUCAAGGCGGUCAUGGUGGCGGUGGACAGUUUUCGGGUGGAGGAAGGCGUGGAAACAACAGUGGGCGUGGUGGUGGUGGUGGCCAUAGCAGUGACAGUGGACGUGGGCGUAGUCGAUAUAAUCCCUACUAAAUCACCCGCAAGUGGCUGGUGCAACUCUUAUUGCUCCGAGGAUAUAUAUAUAUAUAUAUAUAUAUAUAUAUAUAUAUAUAUAUGUAUUGUCUAAUUAUUGUUGUUAGUAAUCCAACAUAACCUUAACAUCCUACAUUUCUUGAAUAGAGGUUUCUUUUUCAUAAGAAAAACUUUUGGUUUUC